UAAAGCCCUGAUUGCUGUCCUGGGAGAGCUCCAAACAGCGGGGCUGACCGCCAACCCCAGGAAAUACAGAUGCAUCAGGCUGUGCCCUGGGAGUGGUAUUACUCCAUAAAUGCGGACAAGAAGAGUGCCUGAUUGCUUUCGCCAGCUGAAAACUCAGCCGUAUGGAGACCAGACAAACCCCGAGAAGGGGGGAAAAAAGCAACUGAAACCAGGAAGGCAGACCCUGGUCCAUCCUACAGGGCCGAAGAUCAUCAUUAACGGAUAUCCACCCGGUUGGCGAGUGGACGGGGAGGUGGAGUCCUGUGGAACAUCAUGCCAAACAACUGAGGAGGAGAAGAACACUGCCUCUGGUUGGCAGGGAGACCUGGCUUCUACCCCCACCAUCUGCAUCUCUGCACCAAGCUCCCAGGAGAAGACAGGAACAACUCAACUCCAGAAGAAAACCCUCUUCAAAGUCACCAUGAGGACAGCUCUCCUGGUCAUCCUAAUCCUGGUGGUUUCCUGUCAGUUUUGUAAAGCUGCACCUGGUUAUAUGCCUAAGGAAUGCUGCUUUGAGCUUUUCACUGGAGUUAUUCAACAAUCCAAACUGGUGGAUUUUUACAGAAUAUCUGAAGGCUGUCCUGUACUGGCUGUUGUUUUUGAAACUAUUGCUGGCCGCAAGGUCUGUGCUGACCCUUCCAAGAACUGGGUGAAGAAAGCAGUGAAGAAUUUGGAGAAAAGAUCUCAGAAAAUUCACCACCAAGAACAUGCAUAAACCUCUCUACAUUGCAACUAUCCCAAAUCUGUUUUUUUCCUGUUGAUGGAAAAUAUCUGUAUAAACAUUAUUCUACAUUGGCUAUAAUUUAUUGGAAUGAUAUAGUUUCAGACCCAAUAGACGGCUCAGAAGGAGGCAGAGGGGGAUACCUCUGUGCAAAAUCAAAGAUACACUGACGUGGGUUUUCACAAUGUAAAUAUCAUUGCUAGAAUGCACAAGCUGUAACAGGAAUGUUUAUUAAAGCUUUAUUUCUAUA